AUGUUUCAAAUUCCUGUUCAAAAUCUUGAUAAUAUCAGGAAGGCUCGAAAAAAGGUGAAGGGCAUUCUCGUGGAUCUUGGGCUUGACAGCUGCAGGGAAUUGUUGAAGAGUCUUCAAAGUUUUGACCCAGGUGAAAAACACUUUUGCAACACUUCAUGGAGUGAUGUCUCUCCUUGGGAGUCUGUGGGCAAAAGAAAGAGAUACAGAACAAAGCCGUACUGCUGUAGCUUAUGCAAGUUCUCGUCAAAGUUGCUUACUUCCUUCAAGAACCACUUGCACCGUUACCAUGAGGAUGAGAUGGACCAAGAGCUGGUGGUUCCUUGCCCAAAAUGUGCAUUUGCUUCUGAUCCCAAAAUAGUGGGAAAACAUAUCCGGAUGUUUCAUUCGUCUAAUAAAAGAGUACAGAACUAUACGGUCAGCAUUUUGGAUGGCAUGAAACAAUUCAGGAGUGACAUCAUAAACUUUACAUGUCUAAAAUGUCAAUAUACAGACACGUUGUAUUACAAUAUGAAGAAACAUGUGCUGAUGAACCAUUUUCAAAAUUUAAUAAGUACGUAUUUUGGCCAGAAAUCUGACGAAAGUAAAGAGAAUUUUAUUGAGCACUACUGUAAAAAAUGUAAUGCUUCUGCAAACAGCCAAGAUUCUUUAAUGUAUCACGUCUUGACAGCUGAAACACACCGAGACCUGGAGAACAAACUUCGGUCUGUGAUUUCAGAACAUAUUAGGAAGCCAGGACUCGUGAAACAAAUGCAUAUUGCUCCGAAGCCUCCCCAGAGCGUGGCGGUGGCUGCUCCAUCUAAGGCCCCCGUGGGUUCUGCCGCAGCUCCGGCUUGCAUCCAGCUUGCGUUUCCACAGAACAAUCAAAACCAGAGUGUGGUGCAGGCAAAAGCAGUUCAGAACACAGCCACGUCGCUGACUGUUCCAAGUGCCUCUGGUAGCGUUCCACACACAACUGCAGCUCCGGUCGUUACCCCGUCGCACGUUACUCUCGUAUCUAAUAAUCUUCCUGUAGGUCAGAGUAACGUUAAUAUUCAGCCUUCACCUUCCCAGCCCAUCUUUGUUUCCCAUGGGCUCCCCCUUAAUCAGCCCGUGAGGGCUGGAGCUAUUCCUCUUAAUAACUCUGUUGGGACCAUAAAUAGAACUGUGGCCCCCACAGUUCUUCCUCUUAAUCCACCUGUCAGGCCUGGGCUCUUUCCUAUCAAUCAACCCUUGGGUGCUAUAAAUAGUCAAGUUGCAGCUGGAACGCUCCCUGUUACCCAACCUGUCAGCCCCAUCAACCAGCCGGCUGCACCAGGCGUCCUCUCCGUCAACCAGCCGGUGGCACCAGGAGUUCUCUCCGUCAACCAGUCGCUUGGGAAUAUAAACAGGCCCGUGGGUCCCGGGGUCUUUCCUGUGGCGCAGACAGUCGCGUCGGGGGUUCUCCAGCUUAACCAGCCUGUUGCCUCCGGAGUGGUUCCUGUCAGACCACCCGUCAGACCGGGCUUUGUUCAGCUUAACCAGCCUGUUGCCCCAGCAGUUAUCCCGGUCAAUCAGCCAGUUCCGCCUGCAGUUUCUCAAAACACAACUUUUUUGACGGCGGGCUCUAUCCUGCGGCAGUUGAUUCCAACUGGUAAGCAGGUCAACGGGAUACCUACCUACACGCUCUCCCCGCUUUCGGUUACUUUGCCCGUACCUGCUGGUGGUGGAGUAGCAACUGUUACGCCGCCGCAAGUGCCCAUCCAACUCAUGCAGUCUGGGGCGGUGACUCAGUUGUCCCAGUCGCCGGCGAGCGCACCCUCUCCUCCGGUGGUGCUAACGUCUCACAGCAUCUCCUUACCAGCCUCCCCAGCCAGUCCCGAAACAAGUGAGGCCGUCAGACAGGCCAAGCAGUGGAAGACUUGCCCUGUUUGUAAUGAGCUCUUCCCAUCAAAUGUCUACCAGGUGCACAUGGAGGUGGCCCACAAACACGGUGAAGUGAAGACUGAGGAAGCCCUGGAACCCGACAAACUGGCAGCUUGCGCGCCCUUUCUAAGAUGGAUGACAGAAAAGACAGUCCGGUGUUUCUCCUGUAAGUAUUUUCUCUGUGAGGAGGAGCUCAUGAAACAUCUCCUGGUCCAUGGCUUAGCUUGCUUGUUUUGCACAGUUACUUUCCAUGACAUAAAAAGCCUCGUGGAACACAAUAAAACUACGCACAACGGGAAAAAGCAGUUACAUGCCGAUUACAGCAACAGAGGAUUUCAGCUAGGUAACGAUGCUCAGGGUGACCUUGUGUUUCCACACUUUGAUUUCAGCACAGUGUUACCAAAAGAAGAGAUUGGUGAAAGAGAAGUACAUUUGGCGGUGCUCGCCGGGCUGAAUUCGAGGACACUUGUCCCCGUUUACAUCAAAGUGAAGCCUCAGGCAGCAGAAGCCAACAGCAGGUGCAACAAGAAAGCGUUGACCUGUCCCUUCUGCCUCGGUACGUUUGUUAGCAAAGAAACUUAUGAAACGCAUUUGAAAGACCGGCAUCACAUCAUGCCCACCGUGCAUACGAUUUUGAAGUCUCCGGCUUUCAAGUGCAUCCACUGUUGUGGCGUGUACACUGGAAAUAUGACUCUGACAGCUAUCGCCGUGCAUCUGCUCCGCUGCAGAAGCGCUCCCAAAAACAGCAACUCCAGCGUGAAGAUGCAGCUGGAGCGCGCCGAGAAGAAAGAGCUGCUGUUAGUCAACGGUGAGAAGCACGAUUCUGCGAAAAGGAAGCAGUCGGAUUCCUGCUCAGUUGCAGAAGACCAAAGGAAUAAGGAACAGCAGCCUCUGAGCUCAAGUGCUGGCAUAGCUCUGUCUCCAGAAAAAGAAGGGAAUUCCGGGGUAGUGCCUUUGAAACGCCAGAAGGUGAAUACUAGGACUGAGAUGAAGAAGCUUCCUCCUAGCGAGGAUCUUCGCUUUCUUGCAGUAGAUCCUAAGCCGUAUGAUUGCAACUCGUAUGAGGCUCAGAAACAGUUUUUGACAGACUACUUUCACAAGAGGCCCUAUCCUUCUAAAAAAGAGAUUGAAUUACUUUCCUUGCUGGUCUAUGCGUGGAAAAUCGAUGUGGCGGCGUUCUUUGGAAAAAGGAGGAAUAUCUGCUUGAAGGCGAUAAAUAACCGCAAACCCUCCGUGCUGCUGGGCUUCAGUAUGUCCGAACUGAGAAAUCUUAAGCACAGUUUGAACAUAAAAGAUGAUCCGUUAGAUGGGUGA